UCGAGUUCCCGUGGAGGGCCCGGAGCCCCAGGCCGGUGGGUCCGUGCAACGCGCUCCCGCAAGCGUCAUGGCGGUCCUCGGAGUGCAGCUGGUGGUGACCCUGCUCACUGCCACCCUCAUGCACAGGCUGGCGCCGCACUGCUCCUUCGCGCGCUGGCUGCUCUGCAACGGCAGUCUGUUCCGAUACAAGCACCCGUCCGAGGAGGAGCUUCGAGCUCUGGCGGGGAAGCCGAGGCCCAGAGGCAGGAAAGAGCGGUGGGCCAAUGGCCUUAGUGAGGAGAAGCCACUGUCUGUGCCCCGAGAUGCCCCAUUCCAGCUGGAGACCUGCCCCCUCACAACUGUGGAUGCCCUGGUCCUGCGCUUCUUCCUGGAGUACCAGUGGUUCGUGGACUUUGCUGUGUACUCGGGUGGCGUGUACCUCUUCACAGAGGCCUACUACUAUGUGCUGGGUCCAGCCAAGGAGACUAACAUUGCCGUGUUCUGGUGCCUGCUCACGGUGGCCUUCUCCAUCAAGAUGUUCCUGACAGUGACACGGCUGUACUUCAGCGCCGAGGAGGGGGGUGAGCGCUCUGUCUGCCUCACCUUUGCCUUCCUCUUCCUGCUGCUGGCCAUGCUGGUACAGGUGGUACGGGAGGAGACCCUCGAGCUGGGCCUGGAGCCAGGUAAGUGCAGCCCCCAACAUGGGGCCGCCGCAGCUGUCACUCCAUCAUGUAAUCUGACCAGGCUGGUGGUUUCACUGGCUCGGUGUCCAGCAUGAAUAGGUAAAGGAGUGGGCU